AUGAAUUUUCGAAAACCUGAUAAUACAGCUGAUUUAAUCGAUAGUAUCAUAAAUAGUGAAAAUGGGAAAGUUCAAAAAUAUGUUUUAGAAAGAAAAAGAAAGGAAAAAGAAUUUCUAGAAAAAAAAGAAAAUAUAAAAAAAAAAUCUAUGAUGGCUCCAAAAUUAAAUCAAAUGUUCGUAAAAAAUAAAAAUGAAGAUGAUAAAUUAAUUAGCGAAACAAUAGGUCUCAGAACUGUACAUGAAUAUAAAAAAAUCAAAGAUGAAAUAUAUAGUAAUAAAAAAGAUAAUGAUUUAAAAGAAAGGAAACAAGAUGAUAAACAGACAAAACAAAAAAGCUUUAAAUUGUCUUUUUUGUCAGAAGAUGAUGAUAGUGAUAUGGACAAUAAAAAUGAAAGUGAUGAUAAUAAAAAUGACAGUGAUGAUAAUAAAAAUGUAAGUGAUGAUAAUAAAAAUGUAAGUGAUGAUGAUAAAAAUGAAAGUGAUGAUAAUAAAAAUGAAAGUGAUGAUAAUAAAAAUGAAAGUGAUGAUAAUAAAAAUGAUAAGGAUAAUAUUAAAUUUAAUAGUGAUGGUAAUAAACAAAAUAAUCAAUAUAAAUAUAGCAAAGAAACCAAUAAAAGCGAUAAUGAUAUGACAGAUCAACAAAAUGAUCUAAACAAUAAUAAAUCCAAUGAAAAUAAAAAUGAGUUAUCGUCCAAUAGCAAUAAAAAUAAAUUGGAUAAGAAAAAUGCUUUUACUAAUAAAAUUAUGAAAGACCCUACUGUAAAUACAUCUUUUUUAAAAGAUAAAGAAAGAGAUAAAAAAAUAGAAUUAAAGAAAAAAGAAUUAAGAGAAUUGUAUUAUAAAUUAGAAAAUGAACAAAAAGAAAAAGUCAUAGAUAUUACUUAUUCAUAUUAUGAUGGUAGUGGACAUAGAAGAAAAAUAUCAGUUAAACAAAAAAAUACUAUAGGACAAUUUAUAAAUAAAUGUGUUCAUAACUUAAAACAUGAAUUCAUACAAUUAAGAUCUGCAUCAUGCGAAACUUUAAUGUUUGUUAAAGAAGAUGUUAUUCUUCCAAAUUAUAUCACAUUUUAUGAACUUAUAAAAAAUAAAGCUCAAGGAAAAACAGGACCUUUAUUUUCAUUUGACGCGGUCGAAAAUUUGUCUGGAAUUACGGACAUAAGGAAGGAAAAAACGGAUACGCACGCUGGUAAAUUAGUAGAAAAAAAGUGGUAUGAAAAAAACAAGCACAUUUUCCCAGCAUCUAAAUGGGAAAUUUAUAAACCCAUGAAAACAUACACAUCCAGUUAUACAGAUUUGUUUAAUAAUUUUAUAUAA